AUGGCCGCCACCUCUCUUCGUGGCCUCCCUCCGGAGCUGCAAUUCAAAAUCAUGGUGUUGCUUGAUGCCGCGUCGAUGCUUUCCGUAGGAUUGUCUUGUAGGACGCUUCAUGAGCUAUUCAGGUUGCCUAGCGUCCAAUAUCUCUAUGACCUCCACUUAAGCGUCAUGCAAGAGAACGGCACCGAUACGUCACUCGAUCAAUUGCAUUCAAGAUUACGAUGUCUACGAAAAGGUUGGGAAUCUUUGGAUUGGACACCUGCUCAAGAUGUCGUGAAUAUCCCUGGGAGCGAAAACGUGGGAUGUUUUGUCUCGGGAAUGUUCAUCGAGACCAAUGAAGAGCGAACGGGUCUUACAGUCCAUUCGCUCCCAUCUGCGACACAAGGAGGCCAUUCGCACUACACUGCAUCCGUGGAUUUCCGAUUCACCUCUUUUGAUAUCGACCCAGGUCAAGAUGUGAUCGUCUUCGUGGGGGAAAGCGUGUUACCAAAUGGAACCCGACGUGGCAAUGCUCACAUUCGCACCCUUUCGGCGCAUAUGUCCCAUCCUGAUGCAACAGUAGAAUCUUUUCCCUUCGACAUUUCUCCACGCCGGGACUACUACGACAUCAAGGUCGUGGAUGAUGUCCUUGUUGUUAUAACGUCUGGACCUGGAAUAUAUCGCUUAUUGCUUUGGAAUUGGCAAAAAGGAUUUCUUAUAUACGAUUCCACCGAUCUCGGUCUUCCGCCCAAAACCUACAGUUUUAAGAUGCUCGGACGAGAGUCUUUUUUUCUGACGACCACAGCACAGUUUGGGAAAAUCCAUAUCUACAAGUUCUCUCCAACGGCGCCGUCGAUUCCGAGGAUGGUAGCGAUGCUGGAGCUACCAAUAAGCAAUAUGCGGUUAUCGAAUUUCUUCAUACUCUCACCGAAAUUACCGACAAAUCCUACGCCAGGGACAAUGUUCGCUCCCAGGCCUGAUGCCUGGGUUCACGUCUUUUCAGUGCGGUACUUUCCUGAAGAACCCAAAUCCAAAAAGCCGUCAUAUAUGCUCUUCGUGCAGAGCCGCACCCUUCUUCAGUACGUCCACCGUGCCGGCGACAUCGCCCAAGGCGAAGACGUGCCGUGGGGCCAAUGGGGUGAACACGAGACACGCUUUAUUGCGGAACCGCAGGAAGACUACGGUCAAGUCUAUCCUUAUGGUCAUCGUGUCCUGAGAAAGCCGAUUGGCUCUUCGAGUAUCGACGUACUUGAUUUUUCGGAGGUGAACCCCAACCUCGCCUCUCCGGCUGGCAUGAGACAGAGGUUCGGACGCGACACUCCCACCCUCCUUCCUCCCAACAAUGUAUUCCCGCAGCAAGUCAUAACGCGCCUUCCCUUUCACGUUACCUCGCGACCAGUCGAGAGAGACCCGCAUCCUUACUACAUGAUGGACGAAGAACGUGUUGUCGAGUCUUAUGAAGAUAACCAGGAGUCAAAUGGGACACUAUUGCAAGUAUAUUACUUUUGA